AUGUCGGAUCCUGUACAAAUUGAAACAACCCGACACACUAACACCCCUGCAUGGCCAUUGUUAUCUUCCAACUCGGAGGAGUUCCCACGCCUAACUCCUCAAUCGAUCCAACCUAUAAGCACCAUUCAAAAUGCAUACAUUGAGCUUUCACCAUCCGCCGAAACGAAUGCAAACAUUGAUUUUGACCCACCUCCAGAUCUCCCCACUGAUACUGUGAAUCCCAGAAGUCAUGAGGUUGAAUCUGAUUACACUUCAUACAAAAGCGCGCCUUCAUCUUCAUCCUCGGACCCAACAUCCUUAACACGAAUGUCCGCCAGCCAGUUACCCAUACAUUUAGUACCAUACGUCACGGAAAAUCCCUACCAGAAAUGUCUGUAUCUACGUUUUCAACAAUCCUAG